AUGGGCGGCGAUUGGCACUUUUUGCUUGAGGAAGAGAAACCAGCAGGCACGUUUCACUCAUACUGGCAGUUACGACAAUUCAACAAGGACCGGUGCAAGGCUCAAACUCGAUCCUUGACGAACGGGCGAAUACCCAGAUUAGGGUCUGAGGCCAUCGUGACCCUUACACCCACCUUUCUGCCAUCCCGCUAUCUUAUCAAUCCAUCUAAUCGCCGAGUUUUCAGGAAGUCCGUUGUAGUCGGAUCGGCUGCCCAAGGACUCCAGGCAUAG